UCCAAAAUCAAGGCGCUUCUGUUCAAUGUUCUCAAAGGGGACAGCGAUUCGAGCACUGCAAAGAUGACGGUCUCAGUUGGGCUCACCCACGCAGAGCGAAGGCUACAUCAGCUGAUGUUAGAUGACCGGGAUUUCGAGCAUUCUGUGGUGGCAGAAAAGCUCAAGAAGAAGUCAAGCACUCAAGUUACUGUAUUGAAUUGCUCCGAUAGAGAUUACACAGUGGUCACCGUGCGGUCUAAGGAUCGACCGAAGCUUCUCUUCGAUACUCUUUGUGCUCUCACUGACAUGCAGUAUUCAGUGUAUCACGGCACAGUUGAUGCAGGAAAUAGUGAAGCCUAUCAGGAACACUACAUCAGGCCCAGCGACGGCCAUCCGGUGAGCUCAGAAGCUGAACGACGGCGAAUCAUACAGCAUCUCGAGGCAGCUAUCGAGAGAAGAGCAUCUGAGGGACUAGAACUGGAGUUGCAUGCUGAGGACAGGAUCGGUCUUCUCUCUGAUAUCACUCGCAUAAUUCGAGAAUGUGGCUUGUCCAUCAGAAGGGCUGAGAUCACAACAGAGGGUGGCAAAGCAAUGGACACUUUCUACGUGUCAGAGAUGUCAGGCAAUCUCAUUGAUGCCAGGGCUGUGGAUUCACUUAGAAGAAUGAUCGGGCAUGCAGCUCUCAAAGUGAAGCAGAGUCCUGCUCUAUCCCCUAAACCUCCUGAGAAGGCCAAUGCCACCACGUUUCUCGAUGGUCUCCUUAAAGCAUGGUGGUUUCAGGGAUUCAUCACUUCCUACUUCCUAAACUUCAGAUAGAGCUGUAGUCCUGUAAAUUCUUGUAGUCUCUGUGAAGAGAAGGAACUGUCAUCCACCCUAGUGCAGAUAUACUGAUGAUGGUUCUGAGCUCUUGUAAUCAGGCACUUGUAGAUGGUUGUACAGAAUGUGUGCAUGCUAUAAUCCAUGGAAACAGCAUCGUGUAAUCUGCACACAAAAUCUAGUUGUAUACCAGAUGA